UUCCCCCCUUUUUUUAUAUAAUAUAUAUAUUUAUUCUUUUCUCUCUUAUUUCUAUUUCUCCUUAUAUUUUGCCUCCCUUCUACUACUCACUCACUCACUCACUCACACACACUCUUUCUCUUUUUUUUUUUUUUUUAAAAGCGCCAUGACGGCUUCUCCUUCUCCCUUACUCGAUCAUUUGGGAUUCCUAAAUUCCACCAAAUCAAAUUUCCCGAAUUUCAAUAUCAAUAAUCUUAAACCCAUUACUUCCCAAAACUCCAUUAUUCACUCUGCUCUUCAUUCCCCUUCCGUUCUUCAUUUCCCAAAUCAAACUACUACUUCUACUACUACUACUUCUACUACUCCUAAUUUCCAUAAAUCCUUGUCUCUCAAACAUCAAAAAUCCCCCACUGCUCCCAAUUGGAAUCUCCUUCAAAAAACUGCUUCCAUGGCUUUAGAUAUGGUCGAAUCCGCUUUAGUAUCUCACGAGCUUCAACACCCACUUCCUAAAACCGCCGACCCACGUGUUCAAAUCUCCGGCAACUUUGCUCCCGUCCCGGAACAAGCCGUUAAACACUACCUGCCCGUUGCCGGAACUAUCCCCGAUUGCAUUAACGGGGUUUACCUUCGCAACGGCGCCAAUCCUCUCUUCCAACCAACUGCCGGGCACCAUCUCUUCGACGGCGAUGGAAUGGUUCACGCUGUCAGCAUCAAUCAUGGUUCUGCUAGUUACGCUUGCCGGUUCACUCAAACCCAACGCUUAGUUCAGGAACGGCGAUUGGGGAGACCGGUUUUUCCUAAAGCCAUUGGGGAACUCCAUGGCCACUCCGGAAUCGCUCGCCUCUUACUAUUCUACGCAAGAGGAGUUUUCGGGUUGGUGGACCAUAAGAAAGGAACCGGAGUGGCGAACGCCGGUUUGGUGUAUUUCAAUGACCGGCUUUUGGCGAUGUCAGAAGACGAUUUGCCGUACCACGUGCGUAUCACGCCUUCAGGUGAUCUACAAACCGUAGGCCGUUACGAUUUCGAUAAACAGCUUCAUUCCACAAUGAUCGCUCAUCCCAAAGUGGACCCAAUUUCCAAAGAACUCUACGCCUUGAGCUACGACGUCGUUCGUAAACCGUAUCUCAAAUACUUCAGAUUCUCCCCUAAUGGAAUCAAAUCAAAAGACGUUGAAAUCCCACUUGAAACUCCCACAAUGAUGCACGAUUUCGCCAUCACAGAGAAUUUCGUUGUGAUUCCCGACCAGCAAGUGGUGUUCAAGCUUCAAGAAAUGGUGAAAGGCGGAUCGCCGGUGAUAUACGACAAGAACAAGAAAUCCCGAUUCGGGAUUCUGCCGAAAAAUGCGACGGAUUCAAAGGAUUUGAUUUGGGUGGAAUCCCCGGACACGUUCUGCUUCCAUCUAUGGAAUGCUUGGGAGGAACCGGAGACGGAGGAAGUGGUGGUGAUUGGGUCGUGUAUGACGCCCCCGGAUUCGAUAUUCAACGAGUGUGAGGAGAAUCUGAAAAGCGUAUUAUCGGAAAUCCGGCUGAAUUUACGGACGGGGAAAUCGACACGCCGGGCAAUAAUUAAGGAAGAGAAAGAACAGGUGAAUCUAGAAGCGGGAAUGGUGAAUAAAAACCGUGUGGGAAGGAAAAGCCGGUAUGCGUAUUUGGCGAUUGCAGAGCCAUGGCCAAAGGUAUCGGGAUUUGCGAAAGUUGAUCUGGUAACAGGGGAAGUAAAAAAACAUAUUUACGGAGGUAGAAAAUUCGGUGGGGAACCAUUUUUUUUACCGAAAGAGGAAAAUUCAAAGGAAGAAGAUGAAGGGUAUAUUCUGGCGUUUGUUCAUGAUGAAAGGACGUGGAAAUCAGAGGUACAGAUAGUAAACGCAAAGGAUUUGAAAGUGGAAGCUACAAUAAAAUUACCAUCUCGAGUACCUUAUGGAUUUCACGGCACAUUCGUUCAAUCGAAUGAUUUACAAAAUCAAGCUUAAUUCAUGAUUGGAGGAUCAAAAGAAAAAAAAAAAAGAAGGAGAAAUUACCAGAGGGAUGACUUAGAGACAGGUCCCCGGAUUCUCUCCUGUUAGCAUUAAAAACUGAACAACUUUUUUUGUUUGUGUUUUCUUCUUUUGAAUUUUAAAUUUUUAAUUUUGAGUGAGUGAUAGAUAAUUUGAAGACGAAACUCAGCUUGUAGCUUUUGGACAGUUUCGUAGAUUUCGAGCUCAGCUGGUUUCUGUUUCUUUGUUUUCUUUUUCUUUUUCUUUUUCUUUUUCCUCUCUCUGUAAAAAAAAAAAAAAGAAGGAAUUAUUAUAUAAUUAUGAUCGUAUUUACAUAAA